CAAAAUAAUCCUGACGUAACAUCUAUCUUUCUUUUCAACGACGAUCACAAUCAUGAACUACGACCUCAAUACAUACGUCGCUGUAACCCUAGCACCAAACUCUCCUUUCCUCGGCGCGCCUUCUUCGUUAUCUACAGUCCAUCCUGCUCUCACUCACGUCGGUCAAGUGGGACAAUUGCACGAUGUUCAGCUCGUGAGCGUGCCAAAAGAAGAUUGGAGUAAUAUUGGAGACGAUAUCUUGGCUUCUCUCAAGGGAUCUGAAGGAGUUUCGAGCGUCAGUGUCCAAGAACUGAGACAGCGCACGAAGAGAGGCGGUGAUGAACUAUAAUGGAACGGAGAAGAUGAAAGAGAUUGGUCCGAGGAACAUCAUUGAAAUGUACAAUCCAUACUAGCAAUCAUGUAUCAUGUUGACGCGUUGUAAUAAUACAUUCGGUCUUUGUAUCACC